AUGGAAAUUGCCGAUACAAGCAAGCUUUCGUUCGAUCCCGUGAGCCUCAAGCAUAGAGGCUCUGGCUUGUACUUCAAAACCCUCUUUCUCGGCGAUCAGGGAGACCCAGCAAAUAAUUAUUAUUUUAUGCUGGCUCGCCAAAGAAGCUUUUACUCCCCUGUCCACCGCCAUAACUUUGAUCAGUUCCGCUACUCUACGCUAGGCGAUAUCAGUAUUCUCCCAAAUGUCAACGUACGCCAAGGUGAGCUCUGCUAUCACCCCGAGGGUGUUUACUACGGGCCACAAGACGACGGUGACCAACUGAAGGAGGUGCUGGUCCUACAAUUUGGUGGUGCAAGUGGACAGGGCUUCAUAAGCCAUGAAAAGUUGGCAGAAAGCCAAAAACGGCUGGAUGGCCAGGGUCGGUUCGAAGGUGGCAAGUUCUUCCGCGCAGUGAAAGGCGACGAGGGGAGUAACAUUGGCGAGGACGAAGCGAUAGAUGCUUAUCAGGCUCUUUGGGAGGAUCAAAUGCGCCGCCCACUUGUAUAUCCGGAGGGCCGGUACGAUCGUGUCAUCAAGAUGCAGCCAGACGCGUACACAUGGUCUAAGGUCAAGGGCUGCAACGGGGUUUGGAAAAAGACUCUUGGGGUUUUCUCGGAGCGCGAGACGAGGGCAGAAAUUUUGAAGAUUGAGAGCUCUACUUGUCAUAUCAUGAUGGAAGAUGCUACCCAGCUAUUCUAUGUGUUGAAAGGAGAAGGUCUAACUGGUGGCGAAAAGAUUGUAGCUGAGUGGGCCGGUCGCAUACAGGCAGGCAAAGCCGCAAAUAUAAGCACAACAACUGAACUACAGGUGCUUCGCUUUGUAAUGCCUACACUCUCUCAAGCAUGA